CUGCGAUUCCUCUAACAUCCGCUCGUACCCGGAGGCCUUUCAUGCUUGAUGUUCAGAAGAACCCAUCACACGAGGAGCGCGCGAUGUAGACGCCAGCUUUUUUUCCCUCGACGGAUACACACUCGUUGCUGACUAACGCAAAACUAGACAUGGAGCCCGCUGCCAUCGGAUCUCGCAGCUUGCAGUUCGUAGUCAGGGACGAAUGAUUCGGUUUGAAAUCCUACGCCAAAUCUCGGUCUCUGGGCGUCCUGGGAACCGAGCCUUGUACCUGUUCUGCUUCAGAUUUGGUCGUGUCUCGGCACAUCUCCAGAUCUCUGGGGGUUCCGUGAUGCGACUUUAAAUACGACAGCCUCGUCAUCCACCUUUGGAUUUACUUCCGGUCCUUCGUCAAGCCUGCGUGCUUUGUGUCUUGUUUCUUGCUCUUGUCCUUUUUUUUCGUUUCUUCGGGUCUUUAUCGUCGUCCUUGCCUUGGUCUUUGUCUCGCUAAUUUCGCUGCUAUGGACAACUUACGCUUCGUGAUGGAGUCGCCCCAACAUAGUCCGACGCACAAGAAGAGGCCCCGUUUAGUGACUUCAUGCGACAAUUGUCGGUUGAAAAAGAUCAAGUGCGUUCAGUCGAAGGACCAGGAGAGAUGCGAGUCCUGCGAAUCUCUUCAAGUCUCCUGUCUCUUCCGCGAUCGCGAACGAUACUUCGCAGAGCGCAGUCGGAUUGUCACUGGUGGCUCUACUGAGCGCCCCUCUUCAUCUGCUUCGAAUCACCAACGUCGAUCUUCCACCCCUGCUACUGGACAGAAAGACUCCUAUACAUCUAAUCGCGCCUCGUUUGACGGCGCUUCUGACUGGUAUCCGAGUCCCGCUCAACCUGCGAACUCGGUUGCUGCACAUCAGUCCCAACGGUAUGCCGCGUCCUCGCCCAAUCCAUACGGCUCUUCGGGUGCAGAUAUGUCGUAUCCGAGUGACUCCUCUGACCGCAGAGCUCAGUAUGUCGCAUCUCCGCUUUCCCAUACUUCGGGCCACAGCUACAGUGGGAAUGGCUACGGGACUUCCGCUUUGCCCAGCGGUCUACCUCAAGACCCUACUACCGUGUAUCAUAAUCGUUCAUACAGUCAAGGUUCAUCUGCAUCUCCGUCGCCACCUCUCUUCGACCCACAUCAGCCUGGUGUCCCACAAGCGGCCGUGAUGGCCCAGUUUAUACAAAUAUUCUUCCAGCGCUUCGGCCAGAAUUUCCCCUUUCUGAGCUCGGAAGACAUUCAGAAGCGAUUCUACAACGGUACGCUUUCUCCCGUCUUGGCGAGCAGCAUUGCCGCGUUGGCAUCAAGGUACUCGCAAUCAAGUGAGAUAGUUUCUCGAGGCGUUUCUGCUGUCACAGAGGCAUAUACAAACAACACAAAGCGCUUACUCUCAUCGAGCUCACAAGUCCCGUACCUGGAAGUUCUUCACGCAGUCAUCAUCAUAGCGUGGACAGAAUACAAGAAUGGUCGCACGGCCGGCUUCUUCGAGUAUAGCCAGAUGGCGACCAAGAUGGCGCUUAAUCUCGGACUCGGCAGUGAUGUGGCCCAGACUUCAAGUGAGCGAGAGCGUGCCAUGCACCGUAUAACAUGGAACAGCGUUGCGCAGUUGCAACAGCUCACCGCCUCCAUGCCUGGAUCGUCGGGAUCCGUUGGACGUUGAGUGAAGACAACUUCCCCGUCCCCUCAAAUCACUGGUUCGCACCUUCUAAGACCCGCUAGACCCUUAUAUCAGUCUCUCUGGAAGAGCGUAUCGCACUAUGUCCGUCUUGCUUUCCCGUUUUCGCUGUGCAUUCCAGUUUGGUCUACAGUACUACUACCACUUGUAGCCUUUUCCAUCAGCCUAGUCUCUCGCUACCCUAUCAUAUAUUUCUCUCUGUCGUCUGUUUUCGGUCCUGCUCAUCUCCUCGCAUGGCGUUCCUCGUACACGGUGGUUUCGCUCUUCAUCGCAUUGCUUAUAUUUGUCAACUAAUAGUGUACGCUAAUUUACCACGGACAAUGUACUUAAUUCUCUCAUAUGUCUCUUAGAUCCACUGUGUAUAUACUAGCCGCGACAUUCCACAAGAUAUU